UAUAGUCUUAUUAUUAUUAUUAUGAUUAUUAUUAUUAUUAUUGCAUUUAUGGAAGGAGUCUCCAGUGUCAGUGCCGGUGCUUUAUACGCAAUUUAAAACGUUACUAAUAAUUACUACUCAUUAUGCCAGGAUUAAAAAUAGUCUGCAGGAGUUCGUUGUUGUGUCAGAUGUCGAGAUUUCAGAACGUUGGACCUCACAGAAACGUCAGGAUCGGGAGACACGUGAAUAAAUAAAUCUCUGGCUUUGUGGGAUUGUUGAGCACAAAUGAAGAGAGACUGGAUGUGAGGCGGCGGUGUGUCGGAUGUUAAUGCAGUGAGUAACGGUCUGUGUUCAGGCAGGUAGACAGAGAGAGAGAGAGAGAGAGAGAGAGAGAGAGAAACGAGGGAAAUCACUUUACCACUGAGCAGAUACUGGAGUUACAGCACAAUUACUCACACAGGUGUGUGUUAUAAUCAGGUGUGUAUCUGUAUAGACACACUGCACACUGUAAAUAUUUAUUCCCGAUAGAUCCAGACUCUGUAUAUAUAAUAAAUAAUCCCCGACUCACAUCACUUCUACACGUUUAUUAGUGAGAAUGAGACAGAGAGAGAGAGAGAGACACGGUUUGAGACUCUGAGUAAUCCCUGAUCCUUCAAGAGUAGUCAUCAUCAGUAAUCUCUGAUCUGCCUUGACUCAUUUAUUUUACUCCUCUGUGAGAGAGAGAGAGAGAGAGAGAGAGAGAGAGGUGAAAAGCGAGAGCGAGACAGAUUCACUUAGUGUGUUUAGAGUUGUGAUUAUAAAUGAAUUGUGGAAGAAUAAUAAUGAUGUUUUAUGUGAGUAAUAAACCCCCUGUGUGUCGUUCUGUUACAGUGGAAUAACAUCGUGGAGCGAUGAAGCCGAGUUACUACUCCCCCUCGAGCUGAUUAUUUUCCUCUAACAGCGCGUCCCGAGUGUUUUAUUCCUCUCACACCACAGCAACUCACCAACUAUAACAACUUAUCAAGUUUAUAAAGAACAACACCUCACACCGCUUAUCCAUUUAUAGUUACUUUUAACGUUGUGUCGAGAAACGUACAGCUUUACCUCCGACACCGGAGACUGCUUCCGGAAGUAAAUCAUUUCAAUAAAAAUAAGUUAAAAGCUCAGAAAUAAGGAAGUGUGUAAAUAAACCCGGACUGUGAGGGUUAACGAGUCUGUCCUGAACUGCAGAGAGUUACCACGGUGCCGCGAAAAGACUUUUAUUUGCACUGAAUUCACACUCAAACUUAAAGGGAUGGACGUGUGUGUGUGUGUGUGUGUGUGCGUGUGUGUGUCUGUGUACAGAUGAGUUUUGUCUUUUACGCAAGUCUUCGCUCUCUCACAAGAAACAUAUCACAGGGUGCGUUGGUUUUUUUUGUUUGUUUUUAAGAGCAGGAUGUAUAAUGACAGUGUUCUCAAAGCGAAGCCACCCUGCAGUGAUUCGACUCUGAAUCGACUCUGAAUCGACUCGCCUGCAGAAAGAUGGGCGUAAACGCAGAAAAGAAGGACAGGUGUGGGACGGUGUGCCUGAAAUACCUCCUGUUCACAUUUAACUUCCUGUUUUGGCUGGCAGGGGGCGCUGUGAUGGCUGUAGGAUUGUGGACACUGCUGAAGAAGAGUGACUACAUCAGCCUUCUCUCCUCCAGGAUCUACGCCAUCUCAGCCUACAUCCUCUGCCUGGCCGGGGUCAUCGUCAUGAUAACGGGGUUCCUGGGCUGCUGCGCCACCUUUAAGGAGAAAAGACGGCUUCUGAGAGUGUAUUUUGUCCUGCUGCUGUGCAUCUUUCUUCUGGAGGUCGUGGCUGGAGUAUUGGCGUACAUCUACUACCAGCAGCUGAGCCACGAGCUGAAGAGUAAUCUCAACAACACGAUGGUGAAUAAAUAUAAGCAGCCGGAACAGGACCACAUCACGGAGGCUGUGGAUAAACUACAGCAAGAGUUUAAGUGCUGCGGCAGCCACAACUCGUCUGAUUGGACGGCGAACAUCUGGGUCAACACCACUGAGAGAAAAGUUCCAGACAGCUGCUGUAAGACGCCUAAGGAGCUGUGUGGAAAGAGAGACCACCCUUCUAACAUCUACAGAGUGGAGGGCGGCUGCAUUACUAAGCUGGAGAACUUUAUUAUGGACCACUUAAAGCUGAUUGGUGCCGUGGGAGUGGGUGUGGCCUGUGUACAGAUCGUGGGGAUGAUUUUCACAUGCUGCCUCUACAGGAGUUUGAAAGCAGAGCCGUACUGAUCCGUAGUCUUAAAAUCACACCUUUACUUUUUAUUUGAAUGAACCUGAACAUUCGCGCGCCCAUACGGCUGAGAAAUGUUAGUGAUUGUGCGUGAUUUUGUGCCCAAAGUGUCUGUUAAUGAAGAGAAUCCUCUGAAAUUCUUCAAACUCCUUUUAAGUAACGGACGAUUAUAUUUAACAUAACCUGAGUGCCUUUUAAUGUAAUAAGGGAUUUCAUUAACCCUGUAAUGACUGAUCACUGUUUUAUAUAUGAGAUCCAGUAUAAUGGAGAUUUUAUUCUUUGUGCUUAUUCUUUAUAAUUUAUACCGUUUUGUCCUUUUGUGGUUGUUUUUGUCUUCCCGAGACAUCCUGAGGUCGGUUCAUUUGGGUUCAUCAGGAGCAUAACAUCAUGAGUGAUGAUUCAGCUCUACGUGUCGUGUGCUGGUGAUUUUUUUUGUUUUUGUUAAUUGGUGUUAAGACCGAGUUCUUUCUUAAGAACAUUUCUUAAUGUGGAAAUGUAAGGUCAUGAUUUCAGGAAAUUUUUAUUUUGUAUUAAAUACCGACGUGACACCA